AUGUCUCGCUGGCACACGGACUCGUGCAUUACUCCAGAUGUCUAUGUCGAAGACAGCACCCCACGAUGUCGAUCAUGCGGCAGUGCUCCCGAUCUGGCGAAGCUCAUCGCAGAACAAUCCACGGUGAACUCACCCUGGACGGUGCCGCCAGAUGAGGAGUUUGGGCACAUGAACCUGCACUGGCCUGCGACUGUUCCGUACAAGACUCUACAGUCUACCGACCGCCAAGACAAUGACAACACGCUCGCGACCGAUGAAAUAUCCCCAGGAUGCAACACUGAAGAUCGAGACCAACCAUUAGCUUCUUCUCCGGCCUAUGACACGAUUGCUAAGAAUCAUUUGCGACUCUUGAGUCUGCCCGCCAUGGCAAACGUCGAACACGACUGCAUUCAUGCCACCCUCCACACUUACCAGCUUGACGAUUGCCCCGAGUAUGAAACAGUGUCGUAUUGCUGGGGAGGGGAAGAUGGGGAAAUGGAGCGCUGUCGACCGAUCUAUCUCACUGCUUAUUGGGAUGUGCUGCUGCAGACAAAGAAUUGUUGGUCGCUGCUCAAGUAUCUGCAACUCAGGACUGAGCCGAGGCUUGUGUGGGUUGACGCCAUCUGCAUUAAUCAAGCGAACAUCGAAGAAAGAGAGAUACAAGUGGGCCAUAUGGGCGAGAUAUACCGACGGUGCCUCAGGGUUGUGGUCUAUUUGGGAGAAAGCAUUGCCUGCUCCCAAGAGCUUGGGCGAACCGAACGAAAAUACCCUGCGCGAUAUGAUCUGCAAGACAUCAAUAACCACAUACCAGCUUCUGUCAUGGAUCUAAAGAAACUGUUCAGCCUUCGCUACUUUCGUCGCCUGUGGAUCGUUCAAGAAUUAGUGCUUGCCCCAAUGGCCAUCAUCCCCAUUCUCGGUAUCGAGUUCAUGGCUUCAGCAGCCACAGUUCGUCAUCCUUCAAUCUCAGGCAACUUCCCACGCUGGACGGACUUCAUCUGCAGCAGAAACCUGGAUUUUGGCCAAAGCCUGCGAGAGGUUCUCAUGUCUACAAGGGAGUCUGAAGCAACGGACAUCCGUGACAAAGUGUUCGGGUUAUUGGGAUUUCUCACAGAGGCUCCGGACGUUCCGCCAGACUAUUCUAUAUCAGCAAUCCAUACCUUCAUCGGAACGAUAGCCUAUAUGGUCAUUAGUGAAGGCUGCCUCGAUCUUCUCACGUAUGCUUCCGGGCACCUAGCUUCAGCUGAUUUUCCAUCGUGGCUACCAGAUUGGACAUUGUCGACCCUGGGAGCUGGGCUAUCUCAUUUGACGACCUGUGCAGCUGUGGGACCUUCCGAGGGAGACGCUUCGCAGACCUUGCGCAAGAUGAGAUUUGAUAAUCCUCAAGAGAGGUUUUUCAUGAUUCUUCAUCCUGGCAAAUCGCUGCAAGGCCACCUUCAAGCCCCUGGCGAGGUGGCGCCGUCCGCAACUCGCAACGCAAAGGAAUGUUCAAUCACUGUUGAUCCCGCCUCUGCAGCAUUAUCGAUCGAGAUGAUACAUCUCUGCAACUUUGCGUCCCCCCCGAUAUCGUGUAUUUGGAAGCGGCAUUAUCCACCAUGCCGUAUGUUCAAAAUCAAGACUGGCCUAUGUUGGAUCUACCUUCUCGUACCCGGAGACGUGCCAUUAGAUCAGGUAAUUGAGCCCGGACCGAACCAGGCGUUCCUCCUACCCGGACUGGAGAAGUCCAGGAAUUAUGUGGCAAUUCUUCAGCAACGGCCAUCGCUUAAUUCCUUCAAACUAGUGAAAUUCUUUGUCUGCCAUUACAUUAGCUUUUCAACAAAUUGGAGCCCAUCGCGACAUUUCAAGUUUCCCGACCCAAUGACGGCUUGUUCUUACGAGUUGCUCUCUCACCGCGUUUACGGCACAAUCAAAGACAUUCAAAGCCACCUCGAGGAGUUAUGGCGGCAACGCUGCUUGCUACUGGACCAUAUUUUCGUUGCAUUGUCUAUGAAAAUCAAGCAAGCAGCCGAGUGGCGUCAGCGUGCAGUGUCUAUGGGAAACAAAUUUCAAGUAUACAAGGAGCUCUGUUCUUUAUUUGACAGCUUACACAGAGACUCGCAAGCUGGCCUCGACGAUUUUCUCCGGUACCUACGCAGAAACGCCCCGGAUUGCCGCACGUGGACAGAUCGGCAGAAGGUGUUCUUGACGAUUGAUUACGAAGACUGGUUUCGAGUUUCUUCGUCUUUGCUGCCAAAUUUCAGCCGCAUGUAUUUGGACUCAUACCCUGCGGAGGAUGCUCUGAAUAUAGGAUCUGUUCCAAGAUCAGGCUGGGGCUGGCGGUUUCUAUCGCGCCACCAGGACCAGAAUGAUGGCUCAAAAGAUCGACGGGAGGAUCCGCCCUGGGAAUGGGGAUUCUUAGGUGGCUUUGAAAUGUCUCCAAACAGUAUAUCGGGCCCAGUUGAGAUUGUCUUUGAUGGCGAAGCGCUGGCCAGGCUGUUGAGCCACAGCGAGUACGCUGAGCCGCUGCGCAAAUUAAGGAUUUGCUCUCGACUUGUUGGCAAGGACGAGACCUCUUUGGCCCUGGAUGAACCCGACCCUAAAUAUCAAUCUGUCUGCUAUUUCGACUGGCCUGACUGCUUCUUGGAUAACCUAGAGUCCCUGGGGCAUAUUCGUACAGUUACCAUCACAUAG